AUGAGCAUGGAUGGGAAAGAAUACGCCAAAUUCCGCAGAAAAGCAACCAAAUAUGUGGUGGAAGCAGACCAAUUAUUUAGGCAAGCAGGAUCUGGAGUGCCUCUGAGGCAUGUCAUGGACAACAUGGAACAGCGCGAACAAAUCCUACACAUGAUGCAUGAUGAAUUUGGUCAUAAAGGGCGAGAAGGAACUUAUUCCACCUUACAAGCUCGAUACUGGUGGCAGGGAAUGUAUAAAGAUGUGUCAGCAUAUAUCAAACAAUGUUCCCAGUGUCAACUAAGAGAUUCGCAAGAAAGAAUGCUCGCUCCAUCAAAGACAACAUAUAGCACACAGGGAGAAGUGACGAGUGGAAUGACUUCCACUCAGGCAAAGACAGGAAAUUCGUAA